GGCUGACCAGCUAGAACCUUCGCCGGAGGAAGAAAUGAAGUUUACUACCAGCAACUGUGAGACCACAUCCCACACCCUAUAACCAUCACUAGCUCGCAUCCUUUUCUCUGCAACACUACCAUAUCUCUCUAUAUAUAUACUACUAUGAAAACGUGUACACACAUAUACAGGCCGAAAUUAACUUUCUUUACCUUGCAUGCUUUACGAACUGUGUUAUACUAUUACACUAACCUACCCGUCGUGGUAUGGCAUUUAUUAAAGUAACGUUCAAGCUAGGCCGAAAACCUGCUAAACAGCUCGCGAUAUCGACGAUGCAUUUGGUCCAAGAACCGCUAAUGAAUGUACAGCACAAUGGUGGUUCAAGAAAUUUCGUAGUGGUGACAAGAGUCUUGAAGAUGAUAAGCAUAAGAGCCUUAGUUGAAGCCAAUCCAUGCGCAACUGUUUGAGAGCUUGCUUCUGCAUUAGACAUAACGUAUACAACAAUUUCCAACUUCUGAAAGACUUUGAAAAAACAAAGAUACUUGAGAAAUGGGUACCGCACCAAUUGAACGACAACCAGAAAAAACGCCAUUUUGAAGUGUCAUUUUCUCUUCUUUUACACAAGAACGACCCGUUUCUCGACUGGAUUGUGACUUGUGAUGAAAAGUGGAUUCUUUACAACAACCAGCAAUGCUCAGCUCAGGGGUUGGAUGCUGACGAAGCUCCACGGCACUUCCCAAAGCCAAAGUUGCACCAAAAGAAGGUCAUUGUGACUCUUUGGUGGUCUGCGGCCGGACUCAUCCAUCACAACUUUUUGGAUCCAGGCAAAACCACUACGGUGGAGAAGUACUGUCAGAAAAUGGAUGAAAUGUAUAAGAAACAACGACAACAACAGCCAGCAUUGGACAACAGAAAAGGACCAAUUCUUCUCCAUGACAAUGCUCGGCCACACGUCACACAACUGGCCCUGCAGAAGUUAAAUGAAUUGAGCUACGAAACUCUGCCUCAUCCGCCAUACUCACCAGACCUCUCACCUACCGACUAUCACUUUUUCAAGGAUUUUGAGACUAUGAUUGCUCCAGAGAGCAGUGAACAUGUUCUUUGA